AUGUCGACCUUCGAUGGAAUCGUAGAAGAGUUUCCCGACAUUCGCAUUGACUACUUCCGGAAAUGCCCAGAACGGCCGGCGCCACUAGCUUGCUUCCUUAGCCAUGUGCAUAGCGAUCAUUUACAGGGUCUCGAGUCCUUUCGGGCACCGUUUAUCUAUUGCUCGCCGGCUACGCGAGAGCUGCUUCUCCGGAUUGAAAAAUAUCCCCACCGGAUGAACUUUAAUAAAGGCAUCUUGGAGUCACGCAGAUUGCACUAUAAGCAUCUUGCAAAGCUUCUGCGUCCGAUUCCACUGAACACCCCAACGGAAAUUGAACUCACACCCCGACGUCAUGUCAAGGUGACAUUGUUCGAUGCCAACCAUUGCACCGGAGCUGUGAUGUUUCUAAUUGAAGGGGGCGGGAAGACAAUCAUUUACACAGGUGACAUCCGAGCCGAGACAUGGUGGGUGAGCAGCUUGGUCCGCCACCCGGUCUUGAUACCAUAUACUCUGGGUCAGAAACGGCUGGAUAAGUUGUAUCUGGACUCUACCUUUGCAAGCAAGACAAAUCCAUUCCGCGAGUUUCCUUCCAAAGCCGAGGGACUGUCUGAACUGUUGCAGAAAGUCCAGGCUUAUCCGAACGAUACAGUCUUCUACUUUCGUGCGUGGACGUUCGGCUAUGAGGAUGUCUGGAUAGCGCUCUCGGCUGCGCUAAACACAAAGAUCCAUGUAGAUCGUUACCAGAUGGGACUUUAUCGGUCUCUGGCCCAGAUUCCAGGUAAUAAGGGGGUUAGUGAAGCUCCUGUCCUCUGUGGCUUUGAGCUGGGAAACAGAGCUGUAACAGGCUGCCUAAGCAGCAACGAAUCAAGUCGAAUUCACAGCUGUGAGCCUGGAGUAUCAUGUCCGGCAGCUCGCGGCGCUAAUGUAAUCUACAUUGUGCCUAUUGUGAAUCGCACAACCAGUGGAGCGGAAAUUCCCGAGGUCGGUGCGGGCGGUGGUAUUGGGGAUCUGUACCAAACACAUGAACUCGAACUGCCAGACGAAUUUGCAUUGGCCGAGUUAGAGAAGUUGUGUCUCAAACACGUCCAGGACAAAGAAGCCCUUUCUCAGAUACGGAAUUCGCUCACGGAUGCCUUCCGGUCAAGAAAGAAAGCACUAUCGCUUGAUACAUACGGUGUGAAGGAGGAGGGCGAAAUUUCGUUGAAAAACCUAGUGACUGCUCUAAGCCAUGGUCCAUCCGAUAUCUCCAGCUUGUCAUCCCAGCCAGAUCUGCCCAAUACGAUUCGAUUCCCAUAUUCACGACACUCUUCUUACUCCGAACUAUGUGAGCUGGUAGCUGCCUUCCGGCCCAAGGACAUCCAUCCAUGCACCGUGGAUCCAACGACCUGGAACGAAGACGUCUCCAUCAGACGUCUGUUCGGCCACCUCUGUUCAGGAACUGACUUUUCGCACGACACUUACAUGCAGCAGACUUUAGCUAACGAUAUUGACGACGAGGGAGAUUUGCGCGCAAGAAAAAGGGCCCGAUACGACAUGAGCCUCUCCACACAGUCCACACAAGAAACCAGUAAUGACAUUGAAGAUUUUAGUCUGGGUACCGCCGAUGCAAGCCAGCAUCAUGAUCAGAAGCAAUACUCUCUACAUAAUUUGAGUCAAUCUGAAGAGGCAGCCAGAGUUAAACGCAACGAAAUCCGUCUAGCACACCGCUAUCUUCAAGAGCAUGCAGAGCCUAGGCUCUUUCAAGUCAAUCCUCUCCCAUCUACAUGGCCGACAGAAAAAGAAGACAAGUUCGAUCUGGCCAGUGGCGAGGGAAGUGAAGAAGAGGAUACGCUCACACCCGACCAGCCGGAUUUAGAACCUUCGGCUACAGGACUCCGACUUAGGUCCGAACCAAGCACAUCCACAAGAAUCAUUGACCUAACUGGUGAUGGUACUACAUCUCCUCGUCCAAUAACCCAACAAACAGACAGUCAACACACAGACGUAUUUUCUCUCUCUAUCUCUGAGUCGGCAUUUGACUCUCCGGGCCAAAAUUCCGUUGAAAAUGGGCUACCGGACCCAGCGCGAAGAGAAGAAGCUCUGAAUAGAUCACGCCGUGCACGUGUCGCUGCUUACUUAGCUGCGCGCGAAGGUACUUUCACUGCAUGGGCCGAUGUGUCGCUUGUUUCGACGGAUAAUCAUGGCGAGGAGGAGAUUGAGCUGUAG